AUGGAAGAUUACAGUUCUAUAGCACAACCAGAGCCUCCAACAAAGAAAUUUAAAAUACUAAGGAUAGUAGUAUAUGUAUUAACUGCUCUUCUAUACGGACUUGUUAACUUUCAUAAAUUAUGUCCAUCAAUUGUCGCAGAAGACAUGGCAAAAGCAUACAAUGUUUCCACAUCAGAAUUAAGUAUAUUUUCAGGCAUUUAUUUUUAUCCAUAUGCAGUUAUGCAACCGAUUUCUGGACUUUUUGCAGAUAUGUUUGAUCCAUGCUUUGUGGUUGGCGGGUUCGGACUUCUUACAUCAGUUGGAUCAAUCAUGUGCGGUUUAUCCCAUCAAUUAACGAUUGGAAUUAUCGGAAGAUUUUUAGUUGGAAUCGGAACAGGCCCCGCAUACAUUUGCUGCCUACGUGUUAGUGCUAACUGGUUCAAAUCCGAGCAGUUGCCAUUAAUGCUAGGUAUCCUAAUGGCCUUUUCUACCGUUGGCGGAAUUAUUGCGGGUUCUCCAUUGUCACUUUUUUGUAAAAAAUUUGGUUGGCGAGUUGCUUUCUACACGAUCGGUGGAUUUGGCACAUUACUUUCUUUAGUCAUCAUGUUCUUUACUAAGGGAAAGCCAGAAGGAUAUGGUUUUGAGCCUGUAAACGAAAGAGCUGUUAAAGUAGAAGAUAAACGCUCAUUUUGUCAGAAACUCGGAAGUUUAUUUUCGAACAUAGGCCAGGUUAUCCGCGUUUGGCGCUUCUGGACUAUCGUUUUGUUCAAUAUUAACUGUGUUAUUCCAUAUUUCAAUGUUGCAAGUUAUUGGGGCGGCCCAUUCUUGAUUGAUGUUCGCCAUUACACGAAUACUGAAACAGGAAACAUAAUUAUCUUUAUUUCUAUUGGUCUUUUAGUUGGAUCAAUAUUAUUACCUGUUGGCCACAAGAUUUUCAAGACAAAGAAGUGGAUUAUGUUUGCCAGUGGUGUUUUCGUUGCAUUUUCAACAGGAAUGUUGUAUUUCCAUGGAGAUAAAUGCAGCAAAAUACUAAUCAUUGUUUAUUUCUUUGUUUUGGGCAUGUUUACAUUGAGUCUUGCCUCUAUUGACUAUUCUUUGCUUACUUCGUAUUAUAGUCCAGAUAUUUCUGGAUUUGCAACAGGAAUUGCGAAUUUCUUCCUUUUCGGAAUGGUUGGAGUCGUCAUGCAGAUUUCUUCCAAGAUUAUCUCCCACUUUGGAAGUUCUCUCAAUGAAAAAGGACUCAAAUCAUACACCUGGGAUGGAUACAAGAACGGAUUAUGGUUAUUUAGUUUUGUUUCCGGUCUUGUGUCACUUAUUUUCGCUUCUACAACAUACGAUCCUGAUUCAAAGUGCUGUGGAAAGCGUGGUUCUGCAACAGAUGUCCCACUUCUCGAUUGA